AUGAUUGAUACCAGAUACUAUUUGACAUUAGCGCGAGGUCAUCCAGCUUUCCAAAUCGCUCCAAAAUUCAUGCAUGUUCAAACGAGACAUACGUGUUCAUAUCCUCAUUAAUUACUGAAACAUGAAGGCGAAAAUUAAAAUAUCCCAAUCUGUAAUAGAUAGAAUAAAGUCAUGUAAAACUGACCAAAGUGGUGCAUUAUAUGGUGUAAUUCAUCAGGAUAAACAAUAUGUUCUUGGUUUAUUCAGCAACGAUGAUUAUUCCUAUGCAGAUUUACUAUUUCCAUCUAAUAUUGACAUGUGUGGUGCCUAUCAGAUGGGUGCAAUUGACAAAGAAGAAGUCAAUAAAAUACUGAUGGAUGUUGAUGUUACUGACAAUCCAAUAUUCCUUUCUGUGCCUGAACCAAACACCAUUACUGCUUACCAUAUCAUCAACAACAAAUUAGAGAAUGCAGAGCUGAGUAUUAUCACUGACAGCAACAUAUAUGCUGAUUUUAUGCAUGUCAGAUUACAAGCACCAAUAUUGCUAACAUCUGAAGUUGAUGUUGAGAGUGUAAAUGAUGAACUUCUAAUGAUCAGAAAGCAGAUAAGCAGUGGCAAGCUGGCAUUUCAAUGUGACAAAUAUGGUAUCUACAUAUUAAGUGAGAACAAUAUUGUUAGCUCAGUAGAAUUCAAUGAAGAUAUGCCAUUGGGUAAACUAAAUGACUUCUACUCCAAACAUGGAGAAGUUGAUUAUACCAGAGAUAAAACUGAUGAUAUUGAACUGGAAGUACUACCUAUCACUAUGCUAAAAAAGGCAACAUUUGAAAAAAGUGAUACUACCACUUCACAUGCACCAAUUAUUCAAAUUGAACAAAAUGAAAUGAAGUUAUUGAGUAUGGUUCUUCAACUAGAUGCCAUCUCAUUGGUGCACAAGGAAACCACUUUAAAUAAACUUUACACUAUUCUUGUUGAGAGUGCUUGCAGGAAUCUAAAACUCAUAGGGAAUUAUAUCAUGGAUAUAAUGACCGAGAACGAUAACAACUUGCCAAAAAAGUUCCAACCGGAAAUCCUCCAUUUCUUCCCGAGUAAAUGCGGCCAUUUUAUUACAAGGGUAUUAAACCGAUAUGGAGAAGAUGAAGAUAAUGUCAGACUGUUACUUCAUAGCAACUUUUUAUUACCAAAAUCCCGUCCAAUCUUCAGGCGCGGAAAUAUUUACCACUUCAAGACCAGCCAGACCAAUGGGCAAACACGCCUGUGGAAUCCGCAUCAAGAUAUUCGCCUUUCUAAUGGAGGUGGUGAAGUUGCAUUAGUCUCUGGUAACUAUUUAUAUUACCAUUACAAACAAGAUGGACUAGAUGAUGACGGCUGGGGUUGCGCGUAUCGUUCGCUACAAACCUUAGCAUCAUGGUUGUUACUUCAAGGAUACACCGAUAAGCCAGUGCCUUCAUUCAAACAAAUUCAACAAUGUUUGUAUGACAUCGGAGACAAACCAUCGUCAUUCGUAGGAUCACGUCAAUGGAUUGGCUCUACAGAAGUCAACUUUGUCUUGGAGUCACUCUUGGGUAUCAGUUGUAGGAUACUCAAUGUAAGCUCCGGUGAUGAUUUGGCGAGCAAAGGACCUGAUCUUGUCUAUCAUUUCCAAACAUAUGGAACACCAAUAAUGAUUGGUGGUGGAGUUUUGGCGCAUACAAUCCUGGGCGUGGACUACAACCGCGACACAGGAGAUAUAAAGUUUUUGAUUUUGGAUCCGCAUUAUACUGGCGCGGAUAACAUUAAGACUAUUUUAAGUAAAGGUUGGUGCGGUUGGAAAAACAUGAGCUUCUGGGAUAAGAAAGCUUAUUACAAUAUGUGUUUACCAAUUGUACCAAACUGUGUAUAAUUUAAUCACUGUUAAUGUCUUGUUACAAUUUGGUUUCAAUGCGUUUUUAAAGAAGUAAUAAUAAAAACUAUAUAUAUAUUAA